AUGGCUGCAGCAACAUCAGCUGCAAGAUGCAAAGGCAAAGGCGUCGCUCUCCUCUUGCUCCUUGUGUUGCUGGCCGGUACCACCGGCACCUCGUCGGCGCAGCUGUGCACCAGCUUCUACUCCCACUCGUGCCCCGGCGUGUACGACGCCGUCAGGUCGGUGUUGCAGGCCGCCAUCGCCAGGGAGCAGCGCAUGGGCGCCUCCAUCCUCCGUCUCUUCUUCCACGACUGCUUCGUCCAACUGGGUGGUCCGAGCUGGGACGUGAAGGUUGGGAGGAGGGACUCGAGGACGGCGAGCUUCAGCGGCGCCAACAACAACAUCCCGCCGCCGACGUCGGGCCUCGCCAACCUCACGUCGCUCUUCGCCGCGCAAGGCCUCUCCCAGAAGGACAUGGUCGCGCUCUCUGGAGCUCACACCAUUGGCCUAGCACGUUGCACCAACUUCAGAGCCCACAUAUACAAUGACACCAAUAUCGACGGCAGCUUCGCAAGAUCAAGGCAAUCGGUUUGCCCUAGGACCUCAGGUUUUGGUGACAACAAUUUGGCGCAUCUGGACUGUCAAACCCCAACUGUCUUUGAGAACAACUACUACAAGAACCUUGUUUGCAAGAAGGGGCUUCUACACUCUGACCAGGAGCUCUUCAAUGGUGGAUCCACAGAUGCGCAAGUCCAAUCAUAUGUUAGUAGCAAGGGCGCAUUCUUUGCGCACUUUGUGACUGGCAUGAUCAAGAUGGGUGACAUCACGCCAUUGACCGGCUCCAAUGGGGAGAUCAGGAAGAACUGCAGAAGGAUUAAUUAA